AUGGGCUCGGACGGGAUGCAGAUCACCAUACCCGACUUCAACGACGAUGAUGACACCUUUCGCGGCGGCCCGUUCUUUGGACGGGCGGCGGGAAGCAUGUGGGGCAACGCGGGCAGCAGCUCUGGCCUCGAGUCCCCGACGAUCUCCACGCCGCAAGCCAUCAACGAACGAGCGGGCGGGUCGUACUUCCACGCGCGCGGAGACUCAAUCGCAUCCCAGGAUUCAGGGCAGUCCGUUCCUUACGUCGGCGGCACGCAACGCAAGGCAGCGAAGGCGGCGCCGUUCACACACUCGACCCAAUCCUCGGUCGCGACUACAAGCAGCUCCCCAUUCACGAAGAAGUCCUCGUUCGCGUCCCUCCGGAAUGCGUUCAAGAAGAGCAACGAAGUCCCGCCUCCUAUGCCUGCGUACCCCGCGCUGAACGUCGACCCAUUCAACCGCUCCACCUCCUCGCUCGCGCAGGUUACACCCAUACCUACACGGCCAACGACGAGCAACAUUAGCUCACCUCAGCUGAGGCCAGCCACUCCGGGUGGCGGAGAGGGCCGCGCGAGGACGCCAAAGUCGAAGGACUACGGGCGAGCCCAGCACGCACAUUCGGGGUCUCUAUUCUACAGUUCGGACAACGGCAGUGACCAUGGUCACUAUCCGUUCUCGUCGUCCCCGCCACCGGUCCCGCCUAUGCCGGAUGCGUUCGCGGGACUUGCAGAUGAUACUGGGUCGUUCUCCGAUGGGGAGGACCGCGUGGUGCCUGAUCCCAAGACUCCCUCAGAUUAUGCGUUGCAUGCUAUAUUCCUGCGAUUCGCGGCAGCCGCGGAGCAGCACAUCGACAAGUUUCUACAUUUACCACUGGACCGUGAACCUCCCCUCGAGGAAAACAUGGGCCCCGGGAUAGACAAGAAAUUUGACGACAUGCUGUCGUCGCUGGGAAAGAUCGCUCAGCGGCACGCCAAACCCGUCGUCGACUCCGUCAUGCGCUGGCGGAAGAGCCAAAGCGACCCCGCCGGCCAAGACCUGCUUCGCCACCAUCUCUCGCAGUCGCCGUCUGGAUCGCGCGCGUUGCGCAUGCCAGACGUCGCGCAGGCGUUGAACGAGCGCAAGUGGCUCGCGUCAAUCUACAUCAUGUCGCGCGCGCUGAUCGCCGUAGCCCGCUCCAUAAGCAAGGAUGGCCUCCCUGAGGCGGUUGGCCAUAGUCUGGAGGAGCUGACAUUCGAACAGUUUAAGCGGCAUGAUGCGAAGCUCACUAUGCAGUCGGCGAACUAUCGUUGUAAUGCCGAACUGCAUGCGGAAUUGCUAGGACACCUUGCUGAAAUCAGGUUUGAGAGUGUGACAGAUAGGUUCCUGACAGAGCUGGGGCCCAUUGCGGCAGGGCAAGUAGCCAAAGACGCGGACAUGAGGUUUGAGAACCUUGUGAAAGGCUUGAAACAUAUCCACAUCAAGGUUUGGCCCCCGGAACGAUUCGAAGAGAGCGCUGAGUUCCUGGCCUCGCUAUCGAAGGCGUUCGAGAAUGCACACGGAAACCGUCUGAAAACGAUAUUUGCCGAGACACUAGUGCAACUACUGCAUCCCAUCGGCAAGACUGCGCAGGCGGAGGUCAACCAUCCAGAAUGGGCCAAAGCCAUUGAGGUCAUCUACCCCAAGGCAAGGGACAUGACGACGAAACCUCGAUAUUGGCAGGUAGCCUACCCUCUGGCCGUCACUGCGCUCUGCGUGGCACCACAUGAAUAUUUCCUACGCAAUUGGUCUGCUUGCUUCGAAGCUGGGCUUGGUAAGCUCAAGGAAAAGGUUCACCGGAUGACCGUUCUGAACGGAAUGUUGCGGCUCCUUUGGACUUACCUGUAUCGAUGUCACGAGCCUGUUUCCACCGCCUCCACGAAGCUCGACGGCGUUUUCAAGCACUUCUUCCCCGCAAACCGUCUUAUAGUCGUUCCUCAGGAGGACCACCUCCAGCCAUUCAUUUACAUGGUCCACUUCGCUCUUUCGCGCCAUUUUGACAUCGGCAGUGAGCUGUGCCUGGACCUUCUCCAGGAGCGAAACAUCAACUCCCAGUCCUCGCAAAUCGCUCACGUUCUUGCCCCGGAGCGGAUGACGAUCGCCACUCAGGCCAUCCUCCUAUCACUCAACCUGAUCGAACGGGAAGAGCCGAUGCCCUCUUGGCCCUCGAGCACUGAUUUUACGAGCAUACCGCCUUGGGAGGACUACCCGUCAUCAUCCGACACUCUCCCCGCAUCUGUCUCCGCGAAAACCAACUGGGUAGACUUCCUAGACCGUGCCACCUCCUGUCUUGCCCUUGUUGCCUCAGCGUGCUACCAGUCCGUUGGCAAGUGGUCCGUCUUGGAUGAGCAGUGGUCUACUUCCCGCCUCGGGCCCGCCUACGAGGAGACACACAACUAUAUCAUCAAGCACCACCCCGAAGGCUCCGUGGCGUACUCUGACCAAUACAGCCCGCAGAUCAACGUGCUGCUGGUCAUCUACCAGUCGUGGCCGCGCUGUCUCCAUUCGUCCCUCUCGCUGGACGACGCCUUCGACAUGCUCAUCCGGGGAGUCAUCCAUAUCGAACCUGCCGUUGGGGAGGCAGCUACUGCCGCACUGCAGCGGUUCAUGGCGGAUCCCGCUCGUGGUCCGGUCCUGCUCUCCAGAUUCUCCGCGUUCCUCUUUAGCCCCUCUUCUAUCGCACUGGAAGGUUUCGGGAUGCGCCUUCCCAUCGAGUGCACGCGCCUUCUCAACCUCUGGAUCAGCUUCGUUGACCGCUGGAUUCACGAGACGCUGGAGAAACCACUACAAGCGUGGACGAUCGAGGAGACGGAGAACAUCGUGGCGCGAGUGGAAGAGAUCGAGACGGGCGCCCUCUUCCUACUGGCGCACCGCAAGGCGUCCGCGUACACUGUCGGCGUGAAGUCAAUCCGGUUCUUGAAGCUCCUCAUGGAACAUAUGUGUCCGGAGCCCUCCACCCCAGCCUCUAUCAACCCCCACGAACUUUUCGCCUUCGUCCAUGGGUUGUUCGAAGAGGGUUCCUCUGACAUCUUCUUCCGUGGUCUGGACGACAUCCUGGAACCCGAGCACCUUGCAAGACUGGGCCAGUGGCGGCAGUCUACUAAUCCUGACAAACUCGUCCGGCUUGCAGACAGCGAACACUCCACAGACAGGACGAUUUGGCGGCACGUCUACUCGCAGUUCGUCCAAACGUACAUGGAUCAUUCGCCAUCUAUCGGAACCACCCUUCGGGAGAAGCUGAUUACUGCCGCCGCUCGCGGCACGCAUCUCAUGCAACAGCUUUCGGGGGUAAAUUCGCGGCUUCCGACCAACGUACCUCAGCGUACGGGAUCUGGGGACCGCGAUGGUGCUCGCCUAGUAUCGGAGAACAGGGACGUGAUCGCCCAGUGGCAUUCUUGGAUCAAACUCGUCUGUUCUACUGCACUUGUCUCGGAUACCCGAGCAGCGCUGGGCGGGAUGCGGGAUCACUCUCGUGCGCGAUCAGAUACUGAAUUUGGCACCGACCAGAUGCAGACCACGCACGAUCUCUUCUGGGCGUUGAGCCGCUUCCUCGACUCGGACUUCACCGUCUUCCGCGACCUGGCCGUAUCGUGCAUCAGCUCGUUCCCGGCUAAUGGCUACUCACACCUAUUGGAAGAUCUGAGCAAGCUCCAGUCUCGUCAACACUGGGAUGAUCCAAGGGCGAAAGCAGCCACCGCGGCGCCUACGAUCGGGCGUGCUCGCCGACUGGAGCGAUUCCACACAGCGGUCGCUCGCAUCUACUUCCUCACAGCGCACUCGUUACAAGAUCAACGGUCUACGGGCAGGCAGGCGGCACUAACAUACGUCCUGAAGUAUCUUCGGAAUAUGCAGACAUUCCUCAUGUCACCAGACAAUCGCGAGCGGUUCUCGAUGCAGCGCCUCCGACGAUACUUCUGUGGCACCAUCGAGCGACUCUUCGACGCUCUGGCAACGUUGAAGGACUCCGACCGCUUCAUCCCGCAUAACCUGCACCUGGCGCUGUACACGAUGUGCGAGGACUGGUGUCAGCUCGGGAAGCAGUCCGAAGACGUGAAGAAGCGCUUGGUGUACAUGCAAACCAUGGCGGCGAAAUCGUACAGUGACCCCGCAAGUCAAGCGGAGAUCAUCCAGGUCUUCCAAACGGAGACGCGGGCACUGUCGCACGCGGCGAUCGGCGCUAUGGCUUCUCUUUGCCAAAAGGCCUUCUUUCCUCCGGAUGUCGAGUCGAACUCUCCAACAGACCGGCAGGGCCUGGAUUCCCUGCGGCCUCUUCAGGUUGGCUCCACUUUCGACCGGCUGACUGCGAUUCUGGCUUCUUUCCACGAACCCGUGCAAGCUGCCGGAAAGAAAGCCUUGCGUUCCCUGCUGUGCUACAGUCGUUGCAGUCCAGGCUUCCUAGACGAGUGCCUGCGUCGAGCCUUCGUGACCUCCCGGGAGCUCGACACCAGCAACGCGCGCUUCUUCGAAGUCGUCGCUGACGCGCUUACUAGCGGCGCCGCCACUGCGUUCAGCUUUGCUCAAGUCGUAUGCCUCGGCCUAUCCAAUCUCUGCCAUCCUCUCCUUGAGAUACGCCGUCAGGCCUUCAACAUGCUCGAGAUGGUCCAUGAGCAGUCCAUGGGAAUCAUCUCGUUGUCUCAGUAUGAGGCCGCCGUUGGAAGCUCAGCACCGAGCACGUACCUUCACGCCCACCGGCUCAUAUCGGAUGUGCUCGCGGGCGAACACCCUGAUCAGGCGAUCAAAGUUCUGGCUCAGCUGGCGGAUUGGCUACCUAGGGUCUUCGACAAUCGCUCGGAACGCGGGGUCUUGCUGCUCCUUCAAAGCCUCGAGUACUGGGUGCCCAGCAUCGACCUCAUGAACGAUGACAAGUCGGGGCUCUCUAGUGAAGGCCGUCUCACGAUCUACCACUUGAUGGCCCUCACGUUGCGGUAUGCGGAGUCAUAUGCCGAGCAAGUCCUGGUUUUGUGGACUCGGCUUGUGGACACGCCGAACCAAUCCAAUGGUCAUGCUGUCAUUCGCUUCCUACUGGAACAGUCGCACAAGGUCGGUAGCACCAUCUUCAUCAGCUGCGCUGCCAAAAUCGUCGCAUGUCUAUCCCAAAGCGCGAUCGGUCGCCAGAUGGUCGAGGAACUUUGCAGCGUGGUGGAGCCCGCGCGGAUGCUGCCCAGUAUCGAGCACAAGUUGGCACCUCCGAACCAUGAGGACCUCGAGCUAUGGUCUGAUCUGGACAUUCUCUUUUCGGGAGAGCCGCGUCUGUCCCUCGGCGUCGCCCAGUAUGCGCUUCUUUUCCUUUCGGAGACGGCUCUAGAACGUUAUUGGGAAUUUCAGGACCAACUCCCGGUCCUGUUCCACGCGCUCUUCAUGCAUCUGGAUCACCGCCAUCCGUUCGUCCAGCAGCGUUCGCGGCACAUGCUCUUCCAACUUCUACGCUCGUGUCUCACGGGCUAUGACGAACUACCCGACCGGUCGUUAUACCGAUCUCGCCCGGAGCUGAAAGCGGCGAUUCAGGAUCUGGAGAAGGAGAUAGGCACGCGAACGUGGAAGGAUGACGAGAAUUCUACGGAUGUCGAGGGGAAGAUGAGGUGGUUCGGCAACGCGGUACUCAACCUCGUGGAACCGCUGCACCCCGCACUGUCAGAGCAGUGGGGUACGCUUGCCUUGAACUGGGGGACCGCUUGUUCUAUCCGCCCCAUCGCAUUCCGCUCUCUCCAGCUAUACCGUGCCUUGACGCCUCAAAUUGGGCCAACGCACGUUGGAAUGCUCCUAGGCCGACUUGCGAACACUAUCGCCGAUGAGGAUACCGCGAUUCAGAGCUUCAACGUCGAGAUCCUAUGCACCUUGACGGCCCUAGCUUCUUCAAGCGACCUCGAGGCGAACCAGCUCCCGCAGCUAUUCUGGUGUUCCGUCGCGUGUCUGUCGACGACUGUCGAGACGGAGUACCUCCACACAUUACAGCUGCUUGACGCCGUGCUCACUCGGAUCGACCUCGAUGACCCCAACACGGCCGACCUCCUCUUCCAAUAUAUGCCAACCAACUGGACCGGUACGACCACACUGCAACCCAAUCUGCUAUCCGGACUGCGCUCAUCGGUCACCUCGGGACUUACGCUCAGGCUCCUGGAGCGCCUUGCGAACGUCGACGACCCGAGGUUGAUCGACGCGUCCGGGGGUCGUGUUCGGGACCUCUACACGCUGUCGCUGCCGUGGUGUCUAUAUGCCAUGAGCGAGGACAGUAAGGACGAGUCCCUGCAGGAGUUCGCGCUGAACAUCAGUCGGCUGGCCGAGGAGGAGGAACGCCCAAGCAUCCAGCGCAUCAUGACAUCCUUCGCCAAGGCGCGCUUCCGCACACGGGACGACUUCCUGCGGCAGUCCGUUGCGAGCUUGCGCGAGCACUACGGUGCCGAGCACUGGACAGAGGUCAUCACGCUCCUCAUGGGCCUCGUGUUGAACAACACGCGUUGGCUGCGGGUGCAGACGAUGCAGAUCCUCAAGGUGCUUUUCCAGCAGCGCGAGACGAAGAGUCAGGUUGACCUGCUUGGCUCCGAGCUGCUCAUGCCCCUCCUACGCCUACUCGAGACCGACCUCGCCUCGCAGGCGCUCGACGUGCUCGACGAGCCGAUGCAGAUCUCGGGCGGGCCCGCCGCUAAGCACGUGUUGCGCAUGAGCCUCCACCACCACCUCCGCGCCAACGCACGCGACGUUGAGUCCGUCGCGGACGUGUUCGGCAUCGCUCAGGAUUCCGGCUGGUGUUCCCCCAGGGCGACCGUACACCGUGAGACGUGCCGCGCAAAUGUCGCUGCUGUGUUCGACCUUGGGAAGGGCACGCUCCGCCCGUCGCGCAUCGACUUCCAGCCGGACGACGAGCUCGCUGCGCUCGCGCUCGGGCGCGUCGGACGCCAUCGCCACCAUCACCGCGAGCGCGACGAAGACCGCGAUGCGGACGGGGACGACCUAGGCGACAUGGUGCAGAACCUACACGAGCUCAGCAGCUACUUCCAGGAGGAGCCGCUCGUAGACAUCGUGAGCCCCGGCGGCACCCCACAGUCCACUGCCAGCGCGGGCGUAGUGCCCCACCGCCAGCUGGAGGCACGGGUCGCAGCGAUCCUUGCGAAGUCGGCCGAGGGCGCAGAACGAGACGUUCCGCCAACGCCCUUCGUCGACGUCUUCAACGUGAAUGGCAGCAACCACAGCAACGGUCACGGCCACGCUGCGAACGUGCUCUCACCGACGUACGAGGAAGACUCCGAGGACGAGUCUGACUCGGACACGGAGUCGGACUUGUUCGAGUACGACUCGCCGAGCUUCGCGGGGUUCGUGAACCCCACCGCCAGCCUUGCAUAUAGCUCGCACUGAACGUCUCCGUCGUGCAUCGUAUUCUUAUUUGGGGUUCCGCUGCGCCGCGGUAGACUGUGGUAUUGUACGAGAUACGUAUAGUUGAUUUCCUCCUAAGCUCCCCUCCCUCGCUAGACUAUGCUCUCGCACCGACUGCUCUCCUGCUUCGUUUGCUAUCUACCUACCAGUCGUUCUCUCUCCCUUCCUUCCCACAUAUCUCUCGUUACUCGACUUGACAAUAGUAUUGUAAAUUAUAGGUCGCUCCCUCUCGUCAUCUACGUCACCGUCACUUUGUAGUAGUACUUUAUCUCGGAACUCCCCAUAGAUUCUCUCCCACUAUCCUUACGCCGC